AUGACAUUAAAUCAUGUCUUCUUUUUUCAUUGUCACCUCUUUGUUUCCUACUCCCUAAAAAAGCUGUACUUUACAUUCACUGCACACCUUUAUAAAUUAAACAAUCUCCUCUCCCACUCUCUCUUUUUCUUCCACCCCCUCCCUUUUUCUUUCUCCCUCUCCCUCUUUCCACUCCCCCUCCCUCUUUCUCUCUCUCUCCUUCCCUCUUUCUCUCUCUCUCCUUCCCUCUUUCCCCUUUCUCUCUCUCUCUCUCUCCCCCUCUUUCCCCUUUCUCUCUCUCUCUCUCUUUUUCCUCUUUCCCCUUUCUCUCUCUCUCUCUCCUCCCCUCUUUCCCCUUUCUCUCUCUCUCUCCCUUCCCUCUUUCCCCUUUCUCUCUCUCUCUCCUUCCCUCUUUCCCCUUUCUCUCUCUCUCUCUCCUUCCCUCUUUCCCCUUUCUCUCUCUCUCUCCCUUCCCUCUUUCCCCUUUCUCUCUCUCUCUCUCCUUCCCUCUUUCCCCUUUCUCUCUCUCUCUCUCCAUCCCUCUUUCCCCUUUCUCUCUCUCUCUCUCUUUUCCCUCUUUCCCAUUCUCUCUCUCUCUCUCUCUUUCCCUCCUUUUCCCAUUCUCUCUCUCUCUCUUUCCCUCCUUUUCCCAUUCUCUCUCUCUCUCUCUUUCCCUCUUUCCCCUUUCUCUCUCUCUCUCUCCCCCUCUUUCCCUUUUCUCUCUCUCUCUCCUUCCCUCUUUCCCCUUUCUCUCUCUCUCUCUCUUCCCUCUUUCCCCUUUCUCUCUCUCUCUCUCUUUCCCUCUUUCCCCUUUCUCUCUCUCUCUCUCCUUCUCUUUCCCCUUUCUCUCUCUCUCUCCUUCUCUUUCCCCUUUCUCUCUCUCUCUCUUUUCCUCUUUCCCCUUUCUCUCUCUCUCUCUUUCCUCUUUCCCUUUUCUCUCUCUCUCUCUCUUCCCUCUUUCCCCUUUCUCUCUCUCUCUCUCUCCUUCCCUCUUUCCCCUUUCUCUCUCUCUCUCUCUCCCUUCCCUCUUUCCCCUCUCUCUCUCUCUCUCUCUCCCUUCCCUCUUUCCCCUUUCUCUCUGUCUCUCUCUCUCUCUCCUUCCCUCUUUCCCCUUUCUCUCUCUCUCUCUCCUUCCCUCUUUCUCUCGCUCUGUCUCUCUCUCUCUCCUUCCCUCUUUCUCUCUCUCUGUCUCUCUCUCUCUCUCCUUCCCUCUUUCCCCUUUCUCUCUCACUUAAAGUACUUCGACCUUAUGAAGAACAAAAAGAUUGCCCAGUCCUGCAAAUUCAUUCUUUACUUGUUCACCUUGGCUUACUGUGUGUGUGUCUGCAUUUUAUUGACCAACUCAUUGCCAAUCCUCCUCACCAUGGCAGGGAGAAUGAACCAUGUGACACGUGUACAGAAACAGAGUCCAUUUUAAGUAGUAGAAGAGGUCCACCUCGCAUCAACGGGCAUGCUAAACAUGACCGACACAGAGACCCUCGACAGAUCUAUGAAUCUACGUCCAUGCUUAGCAGUGAUUUGGAAUCUACAAGUUUCUUUGAUUCUGAAGAUGAUAGCAGGUUUUCAACAGUCACUGAUACAACAGCAAGGUCUUCAAAGUAUGGCCGACACAAAAGGAGACGAAAAAGACACAGACUUCCUCCACUUAGCAAGACGUCUUCCUUCAGCAGUAUCACAGAUUCAACAAUGUCACUGAACAUAAUCACUGUUACGUUAAACAUGGAUCAUUCUAACCGACAGCAUGGAACUCACCUGCACACGGUGAACUUUUUGGGUAUCAGCAUCGUUGGUCAAAGCAACAAAGGUGGUGAUGGAGGCAUUUAUGUUGGCUCCAUCAUGAAAGGUGGUGCUGUGGCUCAAGAUGGCCGUAUUGAGCCAGGAGAUAUGAUACUGGAGGUGAAUGGUAUUAGUUUUGAAAACAUGAGUAAUGAUGAUGCUGUCAGAACUCUACGUGAAGCUGUCCAAAAACCUGGGCCCAUCACACUAGUCGUUGCCAAAUGCUGGGACCCAAACCCAAAGGGCUACUUCACUGUACCUCGCCAAGAACCUGUGCGUCCAAUAGAUCCAUCAGCUUGGGUGGCACACACCACAGCUAUGCGUGCAGAAUAUAUGGGGCGUGGAGCACCAGUCAGUUCUUCACUUAGUACCAUGACAUCUACCAGUUCGUCCUUAACUAGUUCAAUACCAGAAUCAGAAAGGUUUGACGAUUUAAAUUUGACUGUAAAUACAGAUAUGGAAUCCGUUGUAAAGGCAAUGGCUCAAGCUGAUUCCGGCCUUGAAAUCAGGGAUAGAAUGUGGUUAAAAAUAACUAUACCAAAUGCAUUUAUAGGUGCUGAUUUAGUUGAUUGGCUGUUUGCUCAUGUAGAAGGCUUUACUGAUCGUCGAGAUGCCAGGAAAUAUGCAUGUAAUUUACUCAAAGUGGGUUACAUUCGACAUACAGUCAACAAAAUCACAUUUUCUGAACAAUGUUAUUAUGUAUUUGGAAACCUGUGUGGAAAUUUCUCUUCUCUCAGUUUGGAAGACGUGGACUCUGUCUCUGAAGCUGAUCGGGACACGUUAGCUCCUUUGCCUCCACCAACCUGGAACAACCAGUACCCUUAUAGUAGUUCCAGUUACUUGCCUCAGAACCUCAGCUACGUCCCGCCAUACUGCUACACCAGCACUGAUACUACCAGCUACGUGGGCAGCUUCGUCGAUGGUUGCGGACCGCCCAGCGCUGCUAGUGGUGCCGGUGCUGGUGCCGGUGGCAGUGCAGGUGGAGGUGGAGGUGGUAAUGGAAGUGCAGGCAGUGUACAUAGUGGCUCAGCAAAAGACUGCACAUGUCUAACUAGCACUUACAAUCAUUUGCGCAAGCUUUGGGAGAAUAAGGAUAAGCAAACUUCGCAUCAUCCCAAUUGCCCAGGGACGAUUCAGACAGGCACCACCCAGCAUGUUGACAGGGAGCAUGUCUGCAGGGCAAACUCUGCAUGUAGUUGUUCGGGAAGCAGUGCAUCUGGUAGUAGUGAAAAGAAAAAGGAAAAGGAGAAAUCUGAACGAAAAUCUGCCAGCCCUGCAGGUAGUGGAAGCAGCGACACAGAUACGGGCAGCCUAGCCAGUGCCCGACGAGGGGCCCCCAGUGAGCGCAGCUUACCUCCAAUGCCACGCGAACUUGGACAGAUGCCCCCAGACCUCUCUGGAAGCCGACAGUCUUUCAGAAUGGCCAUGGGGAAUCCAUGUUCACCUUGGGGCUGGCUCUGA